AUGUCAUAUUGUAGUGCUUCCGUGAUUCGGCAGAAUACGGUUCGUACCAGUGAUGACGUGUACGGCAUAGUUCCAUGUAAAUUAGUAAAUUUCAUCCGGAAAACUUGUCAUCAAGUAAAUUUG